GGGAUGGGGAUGGGGAUGGGGGUGAGGUGAGGGAGAGACAUGCGAGUCAUUGGCACGUGUGUGACUUCUGAUGAUAUGUGAUAACUGAGCCGCACUGCUCCUGGCGGGUUCAGUACAUAGGAUCGCACUGCUCCUGGCGGUUUCAGUAAUAGGAUCGCGAGUGCGUGAGUGCGUGAGUGACUGAGAUAUAUAUUCCGAGACAAAUGUUCCCCUUCCACACUUAUCACGGUGUUAGGCGGCCUAGCUCCAUCUCUGGUUCAUCGCCAGACACCGAUCUCGACUACAGUACAGGGCUCAUGUUGGGUUUAUGGCCGACGCUGAUUUGUCUGGCUGGCUGGCUUUUUGCACAUCAGGGAUGAUGACGUUAUCCCGCUACUCUACUGCGGGUUGCCGCUUGGACGCUGAAAAGAAAAGAAAAGAAAAAAGGAGAGAAGGGUAUUGUAAUAGUGGCAGAUGGCGGGAUUGGUAAGCUUGUAUGUUGAAAAUCCUCAAAGUACCGCCCGCCCUUCAUCCACAUCCCUCACCGGCCUCCUCUGCCAAAAUCAUAACCCGGAUUGAUAAUCAACCCUCGUCCUCACACCGUCAUCACACUCGCUGCCUCGGGAGCGCGUCCGCUAGAAAUAUCUACUGCCAAGGCCCACCCCACCAAGGCGGCGCCGUGCUUCGGAAAGAGCCCUCCCCUCCAUUGACACAUAUUUUAUCCGCCCGCCGCCAGAGAAUAGACUGAGACUGAGUUGCGCUCCGAGAACGAUAAUAGAAGAGGGGUUAGGACGGCUGCGCUGCGAUGGGCCUUCUUGCCCUGGGGACCCCGCUGGAGUGGCCCGAGGCAAAGAAGAAUGCGGAUCAUGUUCGCGACUGGGGGAUUAAGCAAUUACUAGCGAUAUGGAACAAGGCGAAGGGCAAAGAGCGGGAUGCUCUGCUGUGGGGAGACGAGGUUGAAUAUAUCGUCGUCAACUACGAUGAGAAUGACCCCAAGGUCACUUUGUCGUUGCGACAGGCCGAUAUCCUGCACUCGCUUGCUCAUGAUGAUGAGUUGAAGUCGAAGGGCGGGUGUGUGCCAGAUCUGCAAGAUGUGGCUUCCGCGAACGGGGAUACUCUCCCAGUUUUCCACCCCGAAUUCGGCAGGUUCAUGCUCGAGGCGACACCAGGAAAGCCAUGGGGGAUUGGGUUCAAGGAUCUCCUUGAUGUGGAGCAGAACAUGAAGUGGCGGCGGAAGAUUGCCAAAGAGCACAUGAAGCCCGAGGAAUACCCCAUGACUCUGACAACCUACCCGCGCUUGGGAUCACCAGGCGUAUUCACCGACCCCUACUUCCCUCCCUCCGGCGAAAAACUCCGAUCCCAAUUCGUGCCCGACGAGAUCGCGAACCCGCACAUCCGCUUCCCCACCCUCGCAGCCAACAUCCGCUCCCGUCGCGGCCGCAAGGUGCAGGUCAACGUCCCAAUCUACAAAGACGUGAACACGCCCUGGCCAUGGAAGGACCCCACCGUCAACUACGACCUGCACAACUGGCCCGAGGACGACGAUGUGCGUAACGGCGCCGCGCCGGAUAACUUUAUUCACAUGGAUGCGAUGGCUUUUGGAAUGGGCAGCUGCUGUCUGCAGAUCACGUUCCAGGCUAAGAAUAUUACUGAGGGACGAAGGAUGUACGAUCAAUUGAGCCCGCUGGCCCCGAUUCUGCUCGCCUUGACGGCUGCUACGCCGGUGUACAAGGGAUUUCUCGCCGAUACAGACGUGCGGUGGAACCAGAUCAGCAGAGCCGUAGACGACCGAACAGCCGAAGAACUCGGCGAGAAGCCCCUCGAGCACGACCGCUGGCGCAUCCCGAAAUCCCGCUACGCCUCCAACUCAACCUACAUCUCCAACGACUCGCGCCUCCGCAAAGAAUACCUCGACCCCGACCUCGUGAUCGACCCAGACAUCAAACAGCAGCUCAUGGACGGCGGCAUGGACUCCCGCCUCGCCACACACUUCGCGCACCUCUUCAUCCGCGACCCCAUCGUCAUAUUCGCCGAGGACCUCACCACCCUCGACCUCUCCAAGACGGACCACUUCGAGAACCUGCAGUCUACCAACUGGCAGCACAUGCGCUUCAAGCCGCCGCCCGCGGGCGUGGAUAUCGGGUGGCGCGUCGAGUUCAGGCCGAUGGAGAUACAGAUUACAGAUUUUGAGAACGCGGCGUUUGCGGUGUUUAUUGUGCUUGUCACCCGCGCGAUCCUCAGCUAUGAUCUCAAUUUUUACAUUCCGAUUCAGAAGGUUAGUGAGAAUAUGGAGACGGCGCAUAAGCGUGAUGCAGUGCUGGAGGAUAAAUUCUGGUUCCGUCGCAAUCCGCUCCCUACGCGCUUACCAAGGCCCUACAACGCAGCGGGGAGCGGGGCGUCUACACCUGUUGUUUCGCGCCCGCCUACCCCUACUGGGCCGGUGGAGGACGAGUAUGCCCAGAUGAGCGUUGAUGAGAUUGUGAACGGCAGCUCCGAGUUCCCGGGGUUGAUUCCGCUGGUAGAAUCCUACCUCGGCAGCGUGAAUGUAGAUGUUGAGACGCGCUGCGAGUUACAGCGGUAUCUGGAUCUGAUACGCCGACGCGCGGAUGGCACGCUGUGGACGGCGGCGAGGUGGAUUAGGGAGUUCGUGAAGAGGCAUGAGGGGUAUAAGGGGGAUAGUGUGGUGGGGGAACAGAUUAAUCAUGAUUUGAUUGGGGCGGUUAUUGGGAUUGAGAGGGAUGGGGGGAGGGGGUGGCUAAUGUGGAGAAGUUGCUGGGGAAGCAGAGGCAGAGGCGGGGGCAGUAAUUUGCAGGGGGGAUAUAGGGAGGGGUUUUUUGUUUAUAGAUGGGGGUGGGGAAGCCUCUUGGGAGGGACUUGGAUGGACAUAAAAUUACUUACUUACAUAGCUGGGAAGAAACUUGGGAUUGGUAUAUGA